GCUAACUCGAGAGAUCUUAUCAACACGCAACCCAGGAUGAUCUUAGAGACGUUUCAUCGAACAUCGUCCGCGUAAAGUCUAGAGCCGCUAAUACAGUCCAACUCGACCUCAAAAGCGUAAAUAUAUUCUUUUUGCAUCGGUAUAGAACAGUAUUCUCCAUCAAUACCUUGUGGUCUUUACUACGUCCAUUCAUCACACCGGGAAGCAACUUCCUGGUCAUUGCUCUUGUUUAGCCUUUGUUGCGCAUUAAAUUCACAUUAUCCACCAUGGUUUGCCGACCAGGUAUCUCGUCGAUGUCGUUAGGGCGGUGCUACGCUGGCCACAGCUUCGAGCACAAGAUGGCCAUGGCAGCGAAAUACGGUCUCCAAGGCAUCGAAGUCUUCUACGAGGACCUUUGCGACCUUGCGCCCUCAAAGUCAGCACCGGAUCUUCUCACAGCAGCCGCCUACGUACGAGAUCUGUGCGAUUCCCUCGGCCUCGAGAUCAUCUGCCUGCAGCCAUUCAUGCACUACGAAGGCCUCCUGGACCGAAAAAAGCAUGAUGAAAGGGUAGACGAGAUGAAGUUCUGGUUUGAGCUGGCACACGUCCUCGGCACCGACAUUGUCCAGGUCCCCUCAUCGUUCCUCCCCAAGUCUGAGAUCUCGUCAGACCUCAGCCUCAUCGUCUCCGACCUCCAGCAAAUAGCAGACAUGGGCCUACAACAAAAGCCAGUAAUCCGCUUCGCAUACGAGAGCCUAUGCUGGGGCACAUAUUGCGACAAGUGGGAACGCUGCUGGGAGAUUGUACAGCUCGUCGACCGCCCGAACUUCGGCAUCUGUCUUGAUAGUUUCAACAUCCUUGGCAGGAUAUACGCAGACCCCACAUCAGAAACAGGAUGCAACGAGGAUGCAGAGGAGAUCGUCGCCGCGUCAAUAAAAAGACUCGUGGCGCAGAUCAAGCCACACCGCGAGAAGAUCUUUUUCAUCCAGAUCGUCGACGCCGAGAGGUUGGAAACCCCCUUAAAGUCAGGCCAUGCAUUUUACAAUGCCGAGCAACCGAGCCGUAUGAGCUGGAGCAGGAACUGCAGACUAUUCUAUGGCGAGACAUCAUAUGGUGCCUAUCUGCCAGUCCAAGAUGUCGCGAACGCUAUCAUCAACGAGAUCGGCUAUGACGGCUGGGUCAGCUUCGAGCUGUUCAACCGUGCCAUGGAGAGGAAAGAACAUGCCGUUGUCGAGGAGCUAGCUUCACGGUGCGCGAUCGGGUGGGAGAAGAUGGUCGUUGAUCUUGGUCUUGAGACUGCACCUCCUGUGCUCAUCAAGACCGCCAGCAACGAGAAGUUUGAAGACACGAGGAAGGACAGCACACGGACGAGUUUCGAGAACGCAAGAUUAUAGGAUCGCAUAUAGGCAUCUUCGGCAUUCAGGGGCAUAGCACAUUACUGAUGCAGCAUAGCGUUUCCCCUUCAAUCA